CUCUAAUCACUUGCCCUAAACAAUCUCAACUUUGUCCCAAAAUGGUGUUCAAGGGUCAAGCUUAUUAUCUAAUUGUGUGCAACCCCACUUGAAGCAUUAAUAGAAACCUCAUCACAUGGCCAAUGGAAUCAAAUUAACAAGGAGAGAAUAAUUCCCUUUAUUUUUUAAUUAACAAAAGUAUUACAAGAGUGACAGUAAACAUUAAUUUAUUAAAUAGUUGCUGAACUGAGAGGGGAUGGAAGGAUAAACAAGUAAUUCGAGCCCUGUGACUUGUAUGAAUUAAGUCAAAACUGUUGAACUCUCAUCAUCUCAAUAUAAACGCACGGUACAAAUCUCCAUAACAAUAUCAAACAACCCCUAAUCAAGCAAAAUGGCGAUAUCAACCUCAACAAUCCUCACCAUCCUCCCCUUUCUCUUCUUACCAUCUUCAUCUUUUGCGCAAUCCUCUUACCCUGCUCCCUUCAGAUCCUUCAUCGAUUGCUUUCUACAACAUCUCUCUCCAGACCUCAUCUACACUUCAAACUCCACCUCCUACGAAUCCGUACUCCAAUCCUCUGCUCAAAACUUGCGCUUCUUAGUCUCCAAAACCAAUCAAAAGCCCUCAAUAAUUGUCACAGCAGACUCUACAUACGACGUAAGCAUAACAAUCAGAUGUGCGUGCACGUAUGGCCUACAGCUACGCGCAAGGAGCGGUGGUCAUGACUAUGAGGGCAUGUCAUAUGUAUCCGACGACAAAGAACGGCCGUUUGUGGUCGUUGAUCUUGCACACUACAGAAGCAUCGAUGUCGAUGCCAAGACUCGAACAGCUUGGGUUCAAGCUGGAGCAACCCUUGGUGAGGUCUACUAUAACGUGUUCAUCAAGAGUAAUGGUACUCUAGGUUUUCCAGCAGGGCAAUGUCCAACUGUUGGGGCCGGUGGGCAUGUAAGUGGUGGUGGAUUUGGCGCAAUGAUGAGAAAAUUUGGUACUGCUGCCGAUAAUGUUAUCGAUGCCAAGAUUUUGGGCACCAGUGGAGUGGUUUUGGACAGGCGGGCGAUGGGGGAGGAUCUGUUUUGGGCGGUAAGGGGCGGAGGAGCAGCCAGUUUCGGUGUCGUUUUGGCUUAUAAACUUCAACUGGUUGAAGUCCCUCCUGUUGUUACUGCAUUCAAUGUUUACAGGAAUUUAAGGCAGAAUGCGACUAAUCUUGUUACAAGGUGGCAAGACAUUGCUCCUAAAUUGGAUGAGAGUAUCUAUCUCCGAGCCGUUGUGCAACCCGUAAUCGACAGUGAGUCCGUAUGGAAUGUGAACAUUCAAGUUCAGUUCACCUCCCUCUUCCUUGGAAACAAAAGCCAGUUCUUCUCUGCAAUAGACACGAGCUUCCCUGAGCUUGGCCUUCAGGCUGAGGACUUCACAGAGAUGAACUGGUUGGAAUCUGCCCUCUUCAUGUACGGUAUGUCAGGUAAAGGGAUCGAAGCGUUACUGAACAGAACACCAGCAUCCAACAGUUCAUUCAAGGCAAAAUCGGACUUUGUGACAAACCCGAUCACUGAGAAACAAUGGGGAGAGAUAUGGAGGGCUCUUAGAAACCUCAAAGAGGACAACAUCACUAUAUUGCUGAUAAUGGAACCAUUCGGAGGAAUAAUGGACAUGAUCCCAGAAUCGACAACCCCGUUCCCUCACAGGAAAGGAAACUUAUACAUCAUUGAGUAUGAAACGAGAUGGUCCGGGGUAGAGGAACAGGAGAGCAAGAGACAUUUGGAUUCAAUGAGGAAACUGUAUGAUUUUAUGACUCCAUAUGUUUCAAGCAAUCCGCGGAUGUCGUACUACAGCUACAAAGAUAUCGAUUUGGGGAGGACCGAAGGGCUGAUGCCGAGCUAUUUUGAAGCUCGGCAGUGGGGGGAGAGGUAUUUCAAGGGUAAUUUUGAGAAGCUAGCUAUUGUGAAGGGGAGGGUCGAUCCUAUGAACUUUUUCAGGAAUGAGCAGAGCAUCCCACCGUUGUAUUAUACGAGUAAGGAAGCCUUUUCUUCCUCAUUGAACGACACCAUUAUGCGAUUGUUGAAUAAAGAAGUAAGAGCACAUUAUGCGUGUACUAGUUAAAAAUUUUGUAUCUGGUCAUCAAAUGAAACAUGUCCUUAUUUAAAGCGCUAUGUAGCCUUUGAAAAAAUGUUUGGUGACACAAAGGGAAAUUCCAACUAUGCGAGCUCAAAAUUGAUCGAGUUGUAGGAAAAAUCUUGAAAAGGGGGGAAAUAAAUAAAAAUUAGAGCUUUUGGGAUUGUGAUUCUGGCGCCUCUGCUCCAUCAAUUUCGUAUUCAAAGAAAGAAAGAGCUUAAAUUUGGGAUUUUUCUUAGAAAAUUAGGUGAAUUUCUUUCGACAAUAAAUACAAAGUUUAACAGCAACCUAUACAAAAGUUCAACAAAAAAGAUCUUGUAAAAAUGGGAAAUUUCAAAAUUGGUUGAAUUGCACGCAGAAUUUUGAACAAAAAGGGAAAAGCAAUAGAAACUACCAACUUGGGCAUGGUUAAUUCUCGCUUCUCUUCUCCGUGAUUCCAUCAAUUUAGGGUAGAAAUUGAGGGGAAAAUGCUAAAAUUAGGGCUAGGGUUUAUGAUUGGGAUCGGUGCGCAGCAGAAGCAUUAUAUUUUAGAAAUUUAUUCCCGAACCAGUGAUCUCUUUGGUGCAAUGUAAAAUUCUAACUAAAGAGGUUUGAUCAAAUCAUACAAA